UGAAACAGACACAAUGUCAGAAUUCAUCUUAACGAAAGACAAUGUGUGGGAUUAUUUUGAAAAAAAAUUCUAAAGAGAAAUUUCAAGCAAAUUGCAAGAAAUGCAACGAAAAUUUUACCUACAUCACAGAUAUAGCUUUUUUAACACAUUUGCGUACAAAGAAACAUCAAAAAUAUUUCAUCGAUGAAGCAAACAAAAACUUUGAAAAGGAACCCGGAUAUAUAUUACAACCAAUCAAAGCUACAAUGUAAAGUAUGUGAUAAAAACGUUUCACAUGCAAAUUUUCGCGAACACGUACAAAACCAUUCUGAAAACGAAAAGGCAUAUUAUGAAGCGAGAAGGACUAAACAGGAACAUAUGAUACAACAUGAUAAAUUUGAGGCAAAGUGCGGAGUGGAGAAUUGUGAUGAUAUUAUACUUCUUCAAAUUAUACCACCAUUAAUAUAUCAUUUAGAAAGCAAGCAUAGGAACGAAUUGGAAUAUAUCCAAAAGGACGCAACGCGUGUGCCAACUAAGGUCACAAAUAGGGAAGAACUAUUGCAGAAUUACACAUUACACACUGAAUAUUUUCAUGCAAAAUGCUACUUUUGCAACUAUAAAGAAUAUUAUAUCGACACUGCAAAGUUUCAUGAACAUUUAAAAAACGAUCAUAACAAAGUUCAUUCAUACGAAAAUGCAAAAAAAGGAUUUCCGUGGGAACAUUUCAAAUAUUAUGACGAAAACAGUUUACAAUGUCUUCUCUGCAGAAAUUUGCACACUGAAGAGUUUAUCCUAGAGUACUUAGAAGAACAUUUAUAUUUGUACCAUAGACAAACAUAUCUCGCAACUCUUCAGGAUCGAAACAGCAGUGAUAUGACCUGGAAAUACUGUGACAUUAGCGGAGAUUUACAAGUGCGAUGUCAUCUUUGUUCCGCCAAAAAAGAACUUGAUAUUAAUCUUACAAAAUUAAACGACCAUAUUAUGAAAGAACAUGUGGAAAAGCAACCAAGUACGAAAAGCGGGUAUGAUGAAAUAACUGAAGCGUCAGGAAGCCAACCACAGGAGGAAAAAAGUAGAGAAAAAGGUAUAUUCAAAGGUGAAUGAUGCUAACGGCGAUCAUGUAGAACGACAAAAGGCAAUCUUGACUUUGGUAAUUGAAACAAUCUAUAAUAUGCACAGAAAAUGAUGUAUCUCUAACGUGUAAUAAUUCGUUUUAUGUUUACAAAAUUAUAAAUACGUUUAUAAAUUGACGCUUUAUAA